CAUUCAUCUUCGAACACUGUCCUUUGCCGCGUUAAGCCCUUUUCCUUUUUCCUUCGUAUCUUGAACUUUCCGAUGCCAUUACAUAUCCACGAAUUUGCACCAACAACUAGACAUCACAAACACGACAUAUAUAUAGUAUAAAAACAUCACCCCUCACAACAUGUUCCACGUACAAAACUAUCCCACGACCCCGCACGUGCAUAACAAUUUCACUAGUGUCGAUUUGCAUCAACUUUGUUGAGUUGUGAUUUGUAACAUUAUGAGGGUGAUCAACUGUGAGUUUGAGCGUGUCCUUAAGUAUUUUGAUGAGGAUGGGGAUGGCAAGGUUUCCUCAUCUGAGCUGAGGAACAGGCUAGGCAUGAUGGGUGGUGAGUUAUUGUCGAAAGAAGUUGAAAUGUUGAUUGAGGAAUUGGAUUCGGAUGGUGAUGGGUUGUUGAGUUUGGAUGAUUUUGUGAACUUGAUGGAGGCAGCUGGUGAAGAAGAGAAGAUGAAGGAUUUGGAAGAGGCUUUUGAGAUGUAUAAUGACACUCAAAUGUUUGGCUUUAUAACUCCACAAAGCUUGCAAAGGAUGCUGGGUAGGUUAGGAGAAUCAAAAUCCAUGGACCAAUGUAGAGCUAUGAUUGGUCACUUUGACUUGAAUGGUGAUGGGUUGCUUAGCUUUGAUGAAUUUAGAGUCAUGAUGCAGUGAUAUUUUCUUUUAUUUAAUUUGUCAUGUUAAAAAUGGGAUUGGGGUUGGAUUUGAUUCAUUUGUUUGUAGAUAUCACUAGUAGUCCCUGGAUUCAUUUUUAGGAUUAUGUAUGACUCUGAUUUUCUGAGCUUUGCAAGCUCUGUAUAUAUAUCAUUAUUGCUGUUUACUAUAUUA